CCAAUCACAUUCACGCUUUCCUUUCUUAGAUUCCCAGUCUUAAUCCAAGCAACUCCACAUUGUGAUGACUUCAGGUCCCGAGACUAUUAAACUAUUGUUGAAAGCGGAAGAAGAAGCGUCUUCUGUCGUUGAGCAAGCGAGGAAAGACAGGGAAAGUAGGUUAAAGCAGGCCACACAGGAAGCACAGAAGGAAAUUAACGCAUACAGACAAGAAAAGGAGCGAGAAUAUCAAGAAGAAUUAAACAAGCACUCAGGUCUUUCAGAAGAAAACACGAAACGUCUUCACCGUGAAACGGAACAGUUUCGUGAAAGGAUGAGAAAGAACUUCGAGUCUAAGAAGGAUGAAGUUGUGCAGUUUUUGAAAGAACUUGUGCUUAAAGUGGAGUCCUUUGAAAGCGAAUAGAAACCAACCAAGAGACAUACGUGAAGGUCUGAUUGUAUGCUUCAAGUUGGCUCCUCUACUUCAAUAAAAUGAGAAAGUUUCAG